AUGGCCCUGGCAACUUCCAUACGAUUAUCUACACCAUUACCGACAAUAACAACUGACGAGAAUUCGUCAAAUUCACAUUCAACAUUAUCAGUUACAAAUAAUCACAAUAGCAAUCUAGCAAAACUAUACAAAUAUUCCCAAGAAACAGAAAUGAAAUCUUAUGUUGAUCAAAAUGGAACAAUUCGUCAGUAUCGACAAUCAACCGAACGUGCAUUACUUGCUCAACGAAAGAUUUUUCUUCGAAAGAAACUCGGUGAAGGUUCAUUUUCAUCUGUGAGAGAAGGUUUCGAUAUAUUCCAUCAACACAAAGUUGCCAUUAAAGUAGUUGAUACUCAACGCGCUUCAAAGGAUUUUCAAGAGAAAUUUCUUCCACGUGAAUUAGAUAUAUGGCCACGUGUGAAUCACGAAAAUAUUAUUAAAAUGCAUCAUCAUUUUAUUGAAUGUGGAAAGAUUUUCAUGAUUCUAGAAUUUGCUUCACAAGGUGAUUUGCUAACGUAUGUUCAACGUGUUGGUGCUAUACCUGAUGAUAAACGAACGUUAUGGUCAUCCCAAUUAUGUAGUGCAGUCAGAUAUCUUCAUGAAUUAGAAGUUGUACAUCGUGAUUUGAAAUUAGAAAAUCUCCUCCUUGAUAUAAAUGAUAAUAUGAAGUUAUGUGAUUUUGGUUUUUCUAAAGAUGUUCUCAAAAGUAAUGAAUAUCUAAGUAAAACAUAUUGUGGAUCACGUGCAUAUGUAUCACCGGAAAUUUUACUUGGACUUCCAUAUGAUGCAAAAAAAGCCGAUGUCUGGGCAAUCGGAGUGAUUCUCUAUAUAUUUGUUACUGGCGUUAUGCCAUUCAAAGAAGAUAAAAAUAAUCAAUUGAUUUUAAAACAACAUCAAAAAUUACAGUUACAUUGGCCAAAUGAGAAUGAACGUGAACAGUCUGCGCGCAAUCUCAUUCUAAAUAUCUUUACUUACGAUUGGCAAAAACGGCCCAACAUUCAGCAAGUUAGUUCACAUCGAUGGUUUACUCUAACACAUUCAUCGGAUGUGAUCGCAACUUCUACUGUACGCACAAAUCGAACGGCAAUUAAACGGAAAAGUCGCUCGUCAUAA